AUGGCGUUGCAUACCUUCGCGAUCGCUGCCGUUGCGGUGGUGUACUUCAUCAUUCGUUAUUUCAAUCGAACAGACACACCGAAGAUUAAAGGAAUCCCCGAGAUUCCGGGAGUGCCUAUCUUUGGCAAUUUAUUGCAACUGGGGGAGCAUCAUGCGACGGUGGCGGGUGCCUGGGCGAAGAAGUUUGGUCCGGUGUUCCAGGUACGAAUGGGUAAUAAGCGCGUUGUAUUUGCCAACAGCUUCGACUCGGUCCGACAGCUGUGGAUCAAGGACCAGUCCGCCCUCAUCUCGCGGCCUACAUUCCAUACUUUCCACAGCGUGGUGUCAUCUUCCCAGGGAUUUACCAUCGGUACGUCACCAUGGGACGAGUCCUGCAAGCGUCGACGCAAGGCGGCUGCCACAGCCCUCAAUCGACCGGCGGUCCAAUCCUACAUGCCGAUCAUUGAUCUGGAGGCCACCUCCAGCAUCAAGGAGCUCUUCCAAGACAGUAAGGGGGGGACGGUGGAUGUGAACCCCACCAAACACUUUCAGCGAUUUGCGUUGAACACCAGUUUGACGUUAAACUACGGCUUCCGGAUCGAGGGAAAUGUAGACGAUCAGCUACUGGGCGAGAUCGUCGAUGUCGAGCGUGGGGUGUCCAACUUCCGUAGCACAAGUAAUAACUGGCAGGACUACAUCCCAUUGUUGCGAAUCAUCCCCAAGAUGAACCGCGAGGCUGAGGAAUUCCGUGUCCGUCGUGACAAGUACCUGACGUAUCUGUUGGAUAUCCUGAAAGACCGCAUCUCCAAGGGAACGGACAAACCAUGUAUCACUGGGAAUAUCCUGAAGGAUCCCGAGGCUAAACUUAACGAUGCCGAGGUGAAAUCCAUCUGCUUGACGAUGGUCUCCGCCGGUCUAGACACCGUCCCGGGCAACUUGAUCAUGGGUAUCGCGUAUCUCGCGUCGGAAGAGGGCCAACGGAUCCAACAGAAGGCAUACGACGAGAUCAUGAAGGUUUAUCCAGAUGGAGACGCAUGGGAGAGAUGUCUAGUGGAGGAGAAGGUACCCUACGUGACUGCGAUGGUCAAGGAAACUCUACGGUUCUGGACUGUCAUACCGAUCUGCUUGCCGCGCGUGAGCACCAAGGAGAUUGUAUACGACGGGGCUAGAAUUCCGGCCGGAACGACCUUUUUCAUGAAUGCAUGGGCGGCCGACUACGACGAGGACCAUUUCAAGAUGGCCGACAAAUUCCUCCCCGAGCGCUACCUCGAUCAGACUGAGGGUUCCGGGACGCCACAUUACGGAUACGGCGCUGGAUCUCGGAUGUGCGCGGGAUCCCACCUGGCGAAUCGCGAGCUCUACACGGCAUUUAUCCGACUGAUCACGGCGUUCAAGAUGCGUCCAGCGCAGCAGACGGAGGACCGACCGAUCCUGAACGCGAUUGACUGCAACGCGAUCCCAACGGCGUUGACCACAGAGCCCAAGCCAUUCAAGGUGGGCUUCACGGCACGGGAUCCGCAGAAGCUGCAACAAUGGAUUACAGAGAGUGAUGAACGAACGAAGGAUCUAUAG